AUGGAGCUGAAGAAAUUGUUUUAUCUGUGGAUGGUCGUAACGUUAAUAGUGUUAGACUGUGUUAUGGUGGGCACACAGCAGACUUCCUUUGAGUUGCCUGUUCAGCUGGUUGGAUUUCCGUUCAUUAUCAUGGCGGUGCGCAUGACUAACUUCAUCAAAAAGCUGUCAUAUGCGCUGAGUCCAGCCACCUACAGAUCGAGAAAUCGUCGUCAGCUUACCUUCGCAAGUGAUCCAGAAAAUUACGACGUGCAAGAAGUAGAAAAGUACAUAGUGGGUGAAUUCGGCGCCCGCGCAUGUGUCUUCGAAAGGGUGUGUACCAACUACGCGAAACGGGCGAGACUACAACCCAGGCCGCAAAUGGAUUGGCCGGAUGUUUUUAGCCAGUACAAACGGUCUCCCGACCAAGCGAAGGAGUUGUACCUACUCAGCGUGUUCUUAGGAGACAUUGUGGGUUCCCCGCAGCUUUGUCAUCAGCUCGGAAAGCGAAGAGGAUGUGAUGAUUCUUUACUUAGAUAA